AUGGCUGGAAGAGGAAAUCCAAUGCCCCACAUGAAUGGGGCCAACCGUUUUUUGAGGAAUCCAGACUUUAGGUACCACUCAAUUGACCCCCAUCAAUCAAAGGGCAUGGUUUCCUUGUAUGAUUCUACUUACGAUAAAAGAGACUUUAGGGACAGUUCCCCAUUUGGACCUCAUAAUGUUAGAGAUCAUUCUCCGUUUGGGCAGAAUAUGUCUCGAGAGACUUCCCCAUAUGGACUAGUUAAUUCCAGAGAGGCUCCUCCUUUUGAGUUAGUUGGUUCUCGAGAGCCUUCACCAUUUAGAUCCAAUAUGAGGAGAGACCCAUCUCCAUUUUGUGGUGCGAACAUGACCCGUGAAACGUCUCCCUAUGGCCCAAGAGAAGCGCAAGAUGCAGGCCCAUAUUACAAUAAUAUAAGUGGACAUGGCAGAGGCAGAUUCCAAGUCAGGGAUAAUCGCGACAACCCACCCUUCAGACCAGAAACAAAUCGUGAUGGUCAUUUUUUCCGACAGGACCAACCUCCCUUCAGACCUCAUGAACAAUUUAGUGAUGGUGAUGGUCGGGAUAGGAGAAUAGCCGUCGUCAACACAACACAAAAACCUAACGAACCCUCAGACAAACGUAUUGCUGUGCAGAGUCCCCAAGAGGAAUGUGGAAGACAGGCUCCCCCAAAUGAAAAUCCUGGGCGCCAAACAAGAAGCUCUUCUUAUUCUUCCAAUGAAGGGAAGGGAAAUAACUCUAGAGAUACUCCUAAUAAUUCAUCCAUUUCAAAACGACUAGGUCCUUCUUCUGGAAAACCUGCGUCUAAUUCGGGAGAUGCUGGUGUAAAGGACCUAGAACUAAAACAAAAGGACAAAAACCGAUCUGAAAAAGAAAAGAGAAAAGAGCUAGAACGUAUUCGGAGACUUCAUCGGAAAAAGAAAGAAGAAUCAACCAAAGACAGAGAUUCUAAAAGUCAGAAAUCUGAAUCUCCGAAAACGAAGGCCGAGGACAGCGAUACAGAGUUGGAAGAUGAACGAGCUAGCCCUGUCAAUAACAGAAGACACAAAGAAAGACCACAUAAAAGAAGUCGUUCACGGUCAAGUCAUGGAAGCCAUCGUCGACGAUCGUUGUCUAUUUCAAGUCAGAAAUCUUCACGAAAAGAGGAAUCUUUUGAAGCUAGUCCAUCGAAAAUUCCUAAACAGUCUCUGAGUAAAAAAUCACCAAACUCUGAAAAUAAAAGGAGAGAUUGUGAGUCACCCCGAAGUGAAAAAUUUUCGCCCAAAAGUGUGUCCCCAACGAAAAGACUUGCUCCAAAAUUGGCAGACGAUAAUAGUCCUUAUAAUACUGUGGAGGAAGGGGAAUUAAAAUCGUCUGAGUCCAGUCAAUGUGAUGAUACUGAUAUCCCAAGGCAUAAAAUUGAUUUCGAUCAAAAACCAGUAAAAAGCACUGAAACUUACGAGGAUUUGAAAUUAAAAAACACUGAAUUAGAACUGGAAGUGAAAGCGCUGAAAAAUGAAUUAUUGAAUGAGAAAAAAGCUGUGGAAAGACUGUUUAAAGAUAAUGACACAAAAAUUGAAAACCAACAGGAAUAUUACCAUGACGAUCUGGAAGUACUGCGGAAAGAAGUGGCAUACUUUAAAAAGGAAAAUGAUCGCGAGAGAGACCUGACAGACAUGGCUAAAUCGAAAGAACGAGACUUGUUAAACAAAGUGCGUAGACUCGAGGACAGUUUGUUGCAUUCUGGGAAAGAGAAUUUAGAUUUGAAAGAAAAACUGAAACGAUUAACUGAAGAAAAUGAUAGUUUUCGUUAUGGAAAUUAUUCACGUUAUCCACCAGUAGCUCACCCUGUUCAGACUUUUAGAUACCAACAACCUCAUCCACCGCCCUGGUGAAUUUUGUCUCUGUUAGUCACGAAAUCCCACAUUAUUUUAAGAUCUGGUCAGAACUUGCUGAACGUUACCAUGCCUUUGAUAGAUAUUUUACUAGUUGUUGGCUGUGGUACGAUCAGAAACGAAAGGCAUGUUUUAAUUAGGACUAUGUUUUGGGCUUCUAAACAUAUUGAUUUCUCUCAAUGUCCUUUACGAAAGACCACUGUAUAUCUUGAGCAGGAAUCUCAAUUCAUAUAGGUACGGUACUAUAAAAUUAAUUGUGCCUUUUGUAUUUUGCCAUUACCACAGCUUCUAACAAUCCAAAUAUCUGUAAGUAAGUAGGCUGAGAAAGUGUCAGUGAGUUUCUGAUAAAUCAAUGAUCACACCUUAAACAUGGUAUAAUAAUUGUUCUCAUUUUUUACCAUAUUGGUGUAAGAGGGAGACACUUCUUUUGGGAAUAUAAUCUGGUUGAAAAGUGUCAUUUCUAAGUAAUGUGUCACUCAUUUCCUCAUAAUCUUGAAACAAUUUUAACAAUCUUGAAAGUUAAGACCCAAAGACAUGCUCACGCUAACAUUGAUUCGAGAAUAGGCGACUAGGGUUAUGCUUCGAAACAGGGGGAUAUUAAAAUGGAGGAUUGAGUGUGCAGAGGAAAGUUGGUGGGUGGCACACAUAUUCACAUAAAAAUGAAAAAAAUCUGUAUUAAACCAUUGCCAGAUUGACACCUACUUAGUAAACUGUGAUUCUAGCCAGUGGCUCAACUACCAUGGGAAUUGGUUGAACCAACUCUAUGGAGAACCCACCCAAUAACUUCUGGAGCACAAUCCCCAGGUAUCUUGAAUGUAGGCCAUAUUAACAGAAUUAUCCAGUUGUGAUUACAAUUUAAAACCACAAUUUUUUACUAUGAUAAUAGGUUACAAACUUCGUGUAUAUGUAAUUCAUAUUGGCCAAAAAAUACCUAAAAUGAAGGAAACCAAAUAUAUAUAGUGAUGAGCAGUUCGUUAUUUUAUUUCUGUUCAGUCUGAAUUUUGAUUGACAGUUAUCCAUUCUUAGUUUUUGAUCAGUUUUUGUACAUUUUAUAUGUGGAUAAGAUAUUACAUUACCAUUAAUCUCAUUUCUGAUUGGUUCACGAUUUUUAGGCCUAUUUUAUGAUCAUAUUUGUUAAAUGGUUUUAAUUUCAAUUAUUGUUACUUAAAAUAGAAGAUAAUGAAACUGACUUAAAUCAUGUGUUUCUGUACCACCACAUUUUGCAUCUUUUAAGAUUUCCAUACAAGCCAAUCAUCUCACUUCUUCU